UCAGUCUUUUUCUUCCUCUAUACAGACAUAAUACAGUACACACCGCUAAGAUUUCUGAAGCAAUCUGCCACAUAAAAGGACUCCUCUCUUUUCUCACGAUACACGGCUCGUCCCACUCAUCUCGACCCACUACUACUCACGCCGCCGCCGCCAAUCUCCAGAAUGGGUAACAAGAAGAAGGCUGCAGCAACUUUCAUCCGUCUUGUCUCAACUGCUGGGACUGGUUUCUUCUAUGUCAAGAGGAAGCCUACUAAGAUGACUGAGAAGCUAGAGUUUCGGAAAUAUGACCCUCGGGUGAAUCGUCAUGUCUUGUUUAAGGAAGCGAAAAUGAAGUGAGAGGUUUCUCAUGUGUAAGUUACACGCAUGCAGUGCAUCACAGCUGUGAAGGGAAGAAGUGAAAUCUGGAUUUGAACCAAGUUUAUUUGCUUGUCUUGAAUUGUUCAUCAGAAAUGCAUGGUCUUUCCAGUAAAGGAAACCAGCUUUGUCCAACAUUUGUAUGGGUAUUACUAA